AAGUGCGUCUUGUUACAUUGUGAAACUGUCAAACGUCAUCACCCUGCGCCUCCGCUCAGUCAGGCUAAGGGACAAACCAGUGAUGUGAGGCUACAUGUGAGGCUCCGUGUCUCUUCAGUAUGAGUUGGAAUUGAAAGCAGACUCAGUGGAAACAUGUCUUUGUCUCUAUCGCGCUGUGUCUGCAGGAUUCUGUCGCGACCGAGCUCCGCGUCGAGCGUCCUGUCUGGAGAACCCAUCCAUGUGGUCUCCAGGAGUCCUUGGUUUGCUCCGGUGAUGACACUGAAGACAUCCGCUCCACUGAGAGCGGAGCCCAAGAAGAAGAAGAAGGUGGACCCAAGAAGGGACCAGUUAUUGAAAGAACGGAUGAAAAAGAAGCUGAAGAAGCUGGAGAAGGUUCCUCCUGAAUAUAUCCCAAUAGAGGAUUUCAUCACUCCAACCAAAUGUUUGGAUGAAACAAGGUACGUCAUAUUUCACUGGUUAACUGGUUAAAUGUAUGUUGUGUUG